CUCCCGCCGCCCCUGCUCCGCCGCUGGAGCGGGCCUCCGGGCGGACGGCUCUGGUGCGGCUGCCGGUGCUUCUGAGUGCCGGGCAGUGUUCACACAGCCCGCGCGCGCUGCCCGCCACGUCCCCGGGCUCGGCCGACUGCACAGCGUGGCGGGUGACCUUUCCGAGCCCAACGCGAUGACGGCUCCCUGCUCCCGGCUGUCCCCGCUGCCUCGGCGCCGCGGGCUCCGGUUCGUGUCGUACCCGCCGCCGCUGCUGCCGCUGCUGUUGCUCCUGCUGGCGGCCACGGGGCCGGCGCGCGGCUGGGAGAGCGGAGACCUGGAGUUGUUUGACUUGGUGGAGGAGGUGCAGCUCAACUUCUACCAGUUCCUCGGGGUACAGCAGGAUGCUUCAUCUGCAGACAUUAGAAAAGCAUAUCGUAAGCUUUCAUUAACUUUGCAUCCAGACAAGAAUAAAGAUGAAAAUGCAGAAACUCAAUUUAGACAAUUGGUGGCCAUUUAUGAAGUUUUAAAGGAUGAUGAACGAAGGCAGAGGUAUGAUGAUAUUCUGAUCAAUGGACUUCCAGAUUGGCGACAGCCUGUAUUCUACUACAGGCGAGUGAGAAAAAUGAGCAAUGCUGAGCUGGCAUUACUUUUGUUCAUUAUUCUCACAGUGGGUCAUUAUGCUGUGGUUUGGUCAAUCUACCUGGAAAAACAACUGGAUGAACUGCUUAGUAGAAAAAAGAGAGAAAAGAAAAAAAAGACGGGCGGCAAGAGUGGGGAUAUGUCAAAACUUGGUGCUUCAGAAAAAAAUGAAAGAUUGCUUAUGAAACCACAAUGGCAUGAUUUGCUUCCAUGCAAGCUGGGGAUUUGGUUUUGCCUUACACUAAAAGCAUUGCCUCAUCUUAUCCAGGAUGCCGGACAGUUUUAUGCUAAAUAUAAAGAAACAAGAUUGAAGGAAAAGGAAGAUGCAGUCACUAGAGCUGAACUUGAAACACUUCAAAAGCAGAAGAAAGUUAAAGUAAAAAAACCAAAACCUGAAUUUCCUGUGUAUACACCUUUAGAAAGUGCAUAUAUUCAGUCAUAUGAUCAUGGAACUUCUAUAGAAGAAAUUGAGGAACAAAUGGAUGAUUGGCUGGAAAACAGGAAUAGAUCACAGAAAAAACAGGCACCUGAAUGGUCAGAAGAGGACCUCAGCCAGCUGACAAGAAGUAUGGUUAAGUUCCCAGGAGGGACCCCAGGUCGAUGGGAAAAGAUUGCCCACGAAUUGGGUCGAUCGGUGACAGAUGUAACAACCAAAGCCAAGCAACUGAAGGAUUCAGUUACCUCCUCCCCAGGAAUGGUUAGACUCUCUGAACUCAAAUCAACAGCUCAGCAUCCCAGGCCCGUCAAGACCACCGCAGCCUUGCCUGAUGAUAUCAUCACCCAGCGAGAAUUCCUUGCAGAGGAGGCUGAGGAGGCUGAGGAGGAGGAGGAGGAGGAGGACAGAGGGGACAGCGAGGAGCGGGACGAGGAGCGGGACGAGGCUGGUGUGCAGGAGGCUGCGGCCCUGGACCAUGGGCCGCGGCGGCGGAGGCCAGCCCGGCUGCCCGAGGAGCCAGCCAAGGCCGAGCCAGGGGAGAAGCCCCGUGGGAAGAGGCAGAAGGACUUCGCUGUAUCAGAACAAAAUACAUCCAGCGAUGAGGAAGGCCAGAAGAGGGAGAGAAGUCGCCCUGCAGAGCAGUCGUGGACUCAGAGUCAGCAGAAACUUCUGGAAUUAGCAUUACAGCAGUACCCGAAAGGAUCCUCGGACCGCUGGGACAAAAUAGCCAAAUGUGUGCCGUCCAAGAGUAAGGAAGACUGUAUCGCUAGAUACAAGUUGCUGGUUGAACUGGUCCAAAAGAAAAAACAAGCUAAAAGCUGAAUAUUCUGGAAGAUGAUGUUCCUCUUCAUUUUCCAAAAUGGUCAUUUUAAAACUCUUAUGCAGAAAUUUGCAUUUUGUACCUCAGUAUUUCUAUACAUCAUGUGCCUUAGUACAAAAAUAAAAAAAAAAUAAAAAGAAA